UGCUUUCCCGUGUGCUCGCUCGCUCGCUCGCGCUGCGUAGCAACAGCCCGGAUGUAGGCUGCCGUCUUCGCAUCAGGACCGGACCGGAGAGCGGGAACAUGGCGCUGGCGAAGACGUAACGGUGCAUCCUUACAGCGCGGGAGCACAGGCGAUGUGAGGAGGCUGUCGGAGGCGCAGGUCUGUCCAGCUUUUCCAACAUGUUUGGAAAGAAGAAGAAAAGGCUGGAAAUCUCAGCCCCGUCAAACUUUGAGCAUCGCGUGCACACAGGGUUUGACCCCCACGAACAAAAGUUCACCGGGCUUCCUCAGCAAUGGCAGAGUCUCCUGGCAGACACGGCCAACCGGCCCAAACCCAUGGUAGACCCGUCCUACAUCACACCCAUUCAGCUGGCCCCUAUGAAGACAUCUCCCAAGAAUGUCCGGUCAUCUGAAUCAGCGUUGCGAAAAACCAUUGUGAGGGGCAGCAAACCACCCAAAGAUGCUUCCAUCAAUGGACUCCUCGAAGAGUUUGACAACAUUUCUGUGACACGCUCCAAUUCCCUGCGCAAAGAGAGCCCACCAGGAGCCCACCAGUCCAGUUCAGUUAAGCAGCUGUCCAUAGCCUCUGCUAACGCCAGCAGCAGCGGUCCAGAGGAGAACGGGUUCAGCCACUACUUUGCCCGAUAUUCCUGCGAUCUGGACAGCAGCAGGGACUUUCCACUGGAGAGGGACAAAGGUAGUUACGAUGGAGAGUGGGCGGUGGGGCGCCACUACCGCUUCUCUCUCAAACAGAACGGCCACACCAUUCGCAGCCCUUUCUACCCAGAUGCCAUGCCUCAAAAGUCCUCUGAAUAUGCCAAAAUGCCACCAGAUUACCACGCCUACUUAGAGAGCAAGGUCCGUCUGUCCACAGAUGAAAUGGCUGCAGGUACCAGUAGGAACUAUUACAGGGCCUCUCUGGGAGGAUCCAGUCAGGAUUAUCGGGAACAGCCAUUGGGGACACCAUCACGGGCCUCCCUACACAGUGAGCAGAUCAACUACCCAGAUGGUGACUGGGGCGGAGGAAUUUAUACCGCAGCGCUUAGGGAUGACUACGAAAAGAGGCCAAAGUCAUCAUAUAUCUGUCAGACAAGCCCCCAGCCAGCCAUUCGGCAGCGUUCCAGAUCAGGCUCUGGCUUACAGGAGCCCAGUCUGCCCUAUGGCAUCAGUGCCUUCAAGGCUGCACCGCAUGGGUCCUACAGCUCCUAUACUUACCCUCGUCUUUCUGAAAACACAUCUGUCUCCCAGAUCAUUGGCAAGGGUGAGUAUGACAGGAUGUCACGGGACGGGAGCCCGCAUGUGCCAGGAGCAGAGACGUACCCACGUGGGCCCUUUAAACUACCUCAGAGCCAUGCCAAGAUGGGCUAUCCACCGAGCUUUCAGUACCCACCACCUUUCCACUACAAGCCGUCGCCAUACCACCACCCUCCAUCUCAGCCCAGUCCUACAUACACCCCUCAGGGGGCUCACUCCCGACCCACCUCACCCUACAUUCCCCCUGGAUACUGGGGCUCAGCCUGCGAGCCUCCACCACCCUCACGUGUCUCUCAUGAGCAGUUCCGAGCUGCACUGCAGCUUGUUGUAAACCCGGGUGACCCCCGUGAGUACUUGGACAACUUCCUAAAGAUUGGCGAGGGCUCCACAGGCAUAGUGUGCAUCGCCACGGAGAAGCACAGCGGCAAGCAGGUGGCCGUCAAAAAGAUGGACCUUAGAAAACAGCAGCGGCGCGAGCUGCUCUUUAAUGAGGUAGUGAUUAUGAGGGACUACCACCAUGAAAACGUGGUGGACAUGUAUAACAGCUACCUGGUUGGAGAUGAGCUCUGGGUGGUGAUGGAGUUCCUGGAAGGCGGGGCUUUAACCGAUAUUGUCACACACACAAGGAUGAAUGAAGAGCAGAUUGCCACGGUGUGUUUGUCGGUAUUGAAAGCCCUCUCAUAUCUCCACACGCAGGGGGUCAUCCACAGAGACAUUAAGAGCGACUCCAUCCUCCUCACGAGUGAUGGCAGGAUAAAGCUGUCUGACUUUGGCUUUUGUGCUCAAGUUUCAAAAGAUGUGCCUAAGCGAAAGUCCUUGGUUGGCACGCCAUACUGGAUGGCACCUGAGGUCAUCUCCCGGCUCCCAUACGGCACUGAGGUUGAUAUUUGGUCUCUAGGGAUCAUGGUAAUUGAGAUGGUGGAUGGGGAACCACCCUAUUUCAACGAGCCCCCACUGCAGGCCAUGAGGAGAAUCCGAGACAACCUUCCACCUCGGCUAAAAGAAACGCACAAGGUAUCAUCUGUGCUCAGAUCCUUCUUGGACCUGAUGUUGGUGAGAGAACCUUCACAGCGGGCAACAGCGCAGGAGCUUCUGCAGCAUCCAUUCCUCAAGCUCUCAGGCCCUCCCUCGUGCAUCGUCCCUCUGAUGAGGCACUACCGCCAUCGCUGACCAACACAUGCAGUACACUACUACUUAACCAGUCAUAUGUAACCUGUGGAAAAACCACAAUGACACUUGUAACCGUACAUAGUUUAGAUAACAUGAACAAGAAAGCUAUCUAUUAAUAUAAUAUAAAAUAAAUGAAUGAGCACCCCACUUAAGUGAAUUUUGUGGCCAUUAGUAGUGCUGCUGAUUCAGUGGUGGAUGUCUGAGUCUUUGCAGUAGCUAAUGGCACAGCUAGUGACCAGUCUGUGGGAGUGAUGUGUGUGCUAUGUGUCCUGCCUCCCUCUGUUGAGAGUUGUACUGUCGUAGCUGCAGUCUUGAGUUCAGGCAGUGGGAAGCAGCAGUGACCCUGAUAAGCUGAGCGACUGAUGAGAGACAGGCAAAGCAGCAGCCUCUGGUCCUGAAUGCAAAAGCACUAAUAAUGUUUUUCUUCCAGGAGAUAAGAAGGUCCACGAACCAGAUUUGAAUGUCUGUAAAGGACAUAAGGCUGUUACACUACUGAGGGACGAGCAUCUCCUUUUUCACGUCUCAUCACACUAACAAUGAAAGUGUAUUUUAGAGGACUUGUAAGAUUUCUCUGUACAGUUUUGAUAAUCUUCAGUAUUUUGUGGUGAUGUAACCAUUGUGAUAUGAGCAGUAUUGAAUAGAAUUAAAAAGUUUCUGCAAAAGAUCUUUCCUACUGUUUAUAAUCCAUUUUUUGACUAAAACUGUAGAUUUCCUUACUAAACACACCCUUAGCUGUCAAAGAAACCUGACUAUAUUUAUUUACCCUACAUUUAUAGACAGAACUUCCAGUGUGUGUGUGUGUGUGUGUGGAGAGAGGUAUUGCCAGAAUUUUGUAUGCGGUUUUAAAGUAUUAUUUAUUUUUGAACUGAAGUUUUACUUUCGAGUAGUGUGGCCUUUUUGCUUUUUGUUCCCAUUUUGAACACAUAUAAAGAGCGAUGUUGGCUAUAUCAUGCAAGCAGGCUGUAUCAGACGAGCAAUAAUCACCACAGUUACUUCAUCAUUCUCCAUGCACAUCUUAUAAUGUAACACAUUAUUAAGAUCUUUCUUUUUAACUCACACAAUGCUACUACCUUUAAGAAUUUAUGCUCAUCCAAGAAGUAGUCACUUAAAUCUUAGCAAUACUUCCAUGCUUGACAAUUUUUAUUUCCUUACGGAUCUUUCCUCUAAGUGGCACAUGGUGUCUGUGACUCAGCCUGCAAUCCUGUUUCUAUUCCCAUUACUCACUGUGAUCUGUAAAUAUAUACAGUGUGUCUGCUUCUGGCAAAACCUGAUGAAUGGACAGACUUGAAUGAGUAUAUCUAACUGUUGUGCCGCUUUGUACAGUGAUCUUGCAUGUGUGUCAUUAGUAAAAAUGGUUUCAAUAAAAAA